CGCGCGGUCGCCGCCCGCCGCGUAAGCAAUGCGCUAGGAUCGCGCGACACCCCCUAAAUGAACCACGAUCGACUUAACGAACAUACUAAUUUACAUCACAUGAUAACUUAAACAAUCCAUACCAAACGAGAAUUAGCGAACGAAUCGUGCGAGUUGUGAAAUAACAAUCCUUAGAACAUUAAGAAAAUUUGACCAAAGACAUUAAAUAUACUUAUAAAUAUUAGUGUAAUCUAUAAACUAGAACUUAAUGUAGAAAGUGUGUUUUAGCUCAAGUGUUUGAAAGACUUAAACGUGUUAUUGUUAAUUAGUUUAAUAACAACCUAGUGGGUGUUUUAGUGUAUAUAUUUUCCUACGCCUUUCCUUAAAUCUACUGGUUCAAGAUGUAUACAAACUUAUGGCUGAUAUCACAAGAAGAAGUUCCUUUCCUACCUCCUACACCUAGCUCAAAUACCCUCCCAUGCAACAUUCCUUAUUCAUUCUUUGAAUUAUUGUAAUCGAGCUGCAGAUUCACUUAUAGAAACAUUCCACGAUAAGCGUCGUCGUAAGUUUUUAACUUAUGACUACACUUUUUUAAGAAUUUCUUCAGAUAGCAAAAUUCUUAAUAAAUCCGAGCACCGAGCAUAUUGUAGUGGUAAGAUAAAGUAACGCGCGUAUACCUCUUCGGAGGGCGCAAGGGGCCGGCGCGAUGCGGUCUCACCAGGGAUGUACGUAAUAUAUCCUGCGGAUGACGUAGUUACCCUGACAUACGGCACACAAUCGCUGCCCCGGCCCCGGCAGCGGCCUACGCUUGACGUUCUUGUUGGACCACUGCCAUCCGCGCCGACUAGCGCAUCACCUUUGUCCCCGACCCCCGCCCCGCCCCGCGCCGCUUCCGUCCCCAAAACGGCGCCCCCGGAGCCAGCGGAGCGCGCGCCGGCCUCGCCGACGCCGUCUAUAGACCGGCCGGCCAAGCUGCGCGAGCGCACCAAGGCAAAGCUGUUUAAAAAACUUGGUCGACAAGAGAACAAUGACUUCGGGAAAAUAGUCAGAACUCCUGCUCCCGAUGAAUUUGAACUACCUGCUCCCCUACCGACUCCGGCGUUUUCGCGGAAAAAUAUUUUUGAUCGCGACUUCGAUGCAUUAUUCGAAGUCGCCAGUACGCCACAGUUUACAGCGAAUAUUCGUGUAACAACUCCGGAACCAGACCGUAGAUCAGAUGUGUCGGCGGCGCAUUUUACCUCUCCAGAAAAUUUCUCACUUAACUUGCUCCCACCUCGGCCUUAUUCUGAACCGGUGCCUAAUAAUACCUCCCCCACAACCUCCACCCGCACCUCGACGAAUUCGACAACAACGGGACAUCGGUCAUCUCUUGAAGGUUCCAACUCCAAAUCCAAGAAGGUUAGCUUCUUCCGAAAAUUGAGUCGUUCCAAAGAAAGAGAGGCGUCGCCGCCUCGUAACCGCGAGCGCAUCAUGCAACAAUCAUCGAUAGAAAUGGCUCUUCGAGAACUGACACAUCCAAACCACAACGAGCAGCUGAAAAACCAACAGCAAGUCACUUUUAAGUUGGUUAAAACAGUGACCGACUUCACGACACAAUUGUCGCAACUUUACGAGCGCCACUCUUCUGAGCUGCAAGUCCUCGUCGCCAACUUCCGCAAACGGAGCAGCGAACUUAGGAAAGAAAGAGCAUCCUGUCCAUCUUCAUUGUUUCAUACAUGGGAAACGCUUCUCCAGGAAGUAGAAGCGGAUGUGUUGGGAUAUAGUAAUGCGGCAACAUCUCUCGACAGGCUGGUAGCUACCCCGCUCAUUGAUCGUACAUUUCAUAUGAAGAUUCAAGCUCGGAAACUAUUUGCUCAUAGGGAAGGUUGUGAAGUAAUAUUGGGAAAAGCUGAUGAUCAACUAACGAAGGCCCGGCAAGAAUACAGAGCGGCUUUCCUGAGCUACUGCAAUAAUCCAAAUCCAUCUGCUCUUGCCAUUUACUACGACUCCCAUAACACAUAUGUGCAACAACUGACUGCUACAAAUGCUAUGCUGGACCAGUACCACAAACAUACACUGCCAACUAUAUUACAGGAAUUAGAAGAAAUUUUAACGGAUGUUACUACAGCUGUCAGCGAUGCCAUUUGCCAGGAAGGCGAGAUUAUUACAGAAAAGUCAAACACUCAAAUGCGUCGCUACGAGUCUUUGUGUGCACAAGCCCGGGCGGUAUCCAGUACCGCAGAUCUUGCUCAUUUGGCCCGAACUUUACUAACCAUUCAACCACCGAUGAGACCACCAAAAAGGCAGUUCCUACCACCGUAUCCACCGGAGCCUGAAGACCCACCGUUAGAUGUUCCUGCGGAAAGUAUGCCUCCAGUUCUUCGUGGAGAAAUGCUGCUCGAUCGGAUGGGCGGCCAAGCGCGGCUAAACUACGACCAGUUGAGGAAAGACGCACAAGAUCUCGAUAUUCAAAUAAAACAGUUACAGGAUAGUCUCGACUCUUUGGCCCGCCUCCAAAACCGAAGUCUUGAAAGCAAUAUGUACAACAAAGUGAACGAGAUACAGGAGGAAAUAUCUGUAAAGAAGUACGACUACAGAGCAACACAACUACAUUUGGCAGCAGUAAGAGCUCAGAGAGAACUGUUCGCUGCAAAGGCGGACAGCGGUACGGCGGCGGUAGAUCGAAAGUUGUCCUCUUCUUCAGCUGGCAGUAUGAAGAACAAGUGGUUGAAGGCCUUCCGAAGUUUGAAGCCGCCAAGUGCACCGCCACCUCACUCUGCACCCCCUGACAAGAGAAAUGGCGCUGCACGGGAAGCAAUGCGUGCUGGUGGUGAUUCUGAUGCACAUAACUUUCAAGAAUAUACAUACAAAAAAAUCACCCCAUGUGAUGUAUGUUCCCAAGUUCUUAGAGGGCAUACACGCCAAGGGCUUAGAUGCCGUCUAUGCAAGAUGAACGUGCAUACAGACUGCAUGCCUCAAGUGGGCAAAUGUCAGACAAAGUCUCGAUUGCUACGUCGGCAGAAGAGCACCUCUGAAAUCGAAGCACAUAGAGUCCAAGAAACCGCAAUCGAACAAGAAAAGGAGGAAGUGGAUCAGACCUACCAAGUUCUGAAGCGAGCCAACGAAAUCGCGAAGCCGGGUGGCGGGGAAUCGCGCGGGGGCCCCGUAGUGCGGGUGUCAGCACCGGAGGAGACGCCACCCGCGCGCUCGCCGGCACGUCCAUCUGGCGGGCUGGCUGUCGCGCCGCAGCCCGUCUCCUCUAGCUCAGCACCACAUUCGCCGAGACGCCAAAAGUUGAACCUUAGAAUGAAGAGCCUGUCGUUGGACUCGCCGGAGUGUGGAGAGCUGAGACGCCGACCUACUCGAGAUCAAGCGCCCUCGCAGGGCAGCCGAGUACUCUCGCCGUCCUCUCCAGUACACAGCAGGAGGCUUUUAACCACCCGAGGAGGCCGCAUGAACAGCGUGGAACUCCCAGAUGAACCUGACAAGAGUCUGUCAUCGAAUAGCGCCAGUCCUUGUCCCUCGCCGGUUAAUAAGUCAAGCAAACAUCAGCGGCUGCUACCUACCAAUCUCUACGUGAUCUUAUAUAACUUUAAAUCUCGCCAUGCUGAUGAGCUAGACCUAAAAGCUGGGUACAAGGUGACUGUAAUUGAUACUUCGGACCCUGACUGGUGGAAGGGAAAAUGUUUAGGCAAGAUUGGAUACUUCCCAUCAAAAUACUGCACCAAAUUGCAGGCUGGAGAACGCCCAUUACAAGUUACUCACAAUUUGCAAGUAUCAGAUGGCGACAAUGGUCUAAUGCUACUUCGUGAUCAAAUCGUUAUACAAGUUGGCGAUGAAGUGGAUGGCAUGGUGAUGAUUCGUUCCGGCGAUAAUCGCCAGGGUGUAUGUCCAGUUAAGUUCCUGCAGGAGGUGUGACGCUUUAAACUACCUAACUUCGAUGUUAUGAGGAAACGCGGGUCAUUUUCAGAAGAAAGUGGCAGGCUAUUUGUACCAAAAUCAAUACAUAGCGCUCCCGUCACACCAUGUGAUAGUGAGAUAACUACUUUUUCUGACAAAGCAUGGUCAAAAGGGUACGAACCAG